AUGAUAUGCUCUGUGAAGGAGCACAGCAAAGAAAGUGUCCCCGUUUUCUGGGCCCGAGGGAGGCACUAUGAUGUCGGGUACCGAAUUGGCCAACUCACCCAGGACCUGGUUCAGGAGUGCGUUACCCAGAAUGCAACAUUACAGCAAAAGUUGCUGCCGUUUUAUAACACCCAAGACGGACACAGAGUGGUUCAAAACUUUCUGAACACAACCAAAGCGGUGUUUCCCCAGUAUAUUGAUGAAUUAAAAGGGACGGCUGAUGGUGCAAAAGUCAGCUUCAUUGAGUUAUUUCUUUAUCACAUAGAGAAUGAACUCAAGGAACGAUUAAACAUAAGAACAGAACAGGAGGGAUGCACAGAUAUACUGAUAAACUUACCGGAAGCUCACGUGACUGCUCACUCGGAGGACGUCAGGCCAAGUUUUCUCAACAAAUGCUUCAUUGUGCAGGUUGUCAUUGUGUCAGAUGUUACGGGUGAAGAAGUGGAAAACUUCACAGCAUUCACGUAUCCAGGUAGUCCAUGUUGUAUAGAUGUAUAG